CAGCCCCCGAAGAGAACGUUGGAAGCUGUAUUUUUCGAGUCUAUCAUUUUAGACUGAUCCUAUGGAAAGUGCAAAAAGUUCAGGGAAAUGCAGGUGUGAGAGAGAGAGAGGGAGGGGGGCAGAAAAGUCAAUUGGUUGCCCGAGCCCAGCAGCUUUUAAGCUAAAAAUAAACAGGCUCCAUCCACCACUCUCACUCCUUUGCAUUGGAGUAGCAGCAAAGCAGCUCGGCCAGCCAGCCAGUGGGUCUGUUCCGGAGGCACACACGCACAGUUGCUGCUGAAGCACACGGCAGUUGCCUUGCCUGUUCGAUUGCUGCUUCCUUCCUCCUCCCUCGAGUCUUCUUCUCAGCCCAGAGAGACAGACGCCAAGGAAGAGCUGGUGCCGCUUGCUCUGCCUCCGAUCCAACCCAACCCAAGGCAGCAGCAGCAGCGGGUACGUUCUUCUCGGCCAUGCAUGGAAUGGAACGAAGACCGCCCACCGCCGGCGCCGCCUAGAUCUCUGCAUCCGGUGGCCGCCAUUGGCGGUUCUUGGCUCCGAUUCGGUGCUGCCUGGUGACGAGUAAAAGCGAAGGAAAAAAAAAGAAGGAAGGGACGGCGAUUCAGGCCUCACUCUUGGCCUGUGAGCCUGUCGUCGACAUGAAGUACAUGAAGCUUGGAUCCAAGCCGGACGCCUUUCAGACGGAGGGGAACAGUAUCAGGUCUGUUGCAACUGAGCUGGCAGUGGAUAUUGUCGUCACUGUAGGGGAUGUCAAGUUCUACCUUCACAAGUUCCCUCUUCUGUCCAAGAGCUCCCGCCUACAAACGCUGGUGGCCUCGACAAGCGAGGAGGGCAGCGACGAGGUGGACAUCUCCGACAUCCCGGGCGGCCCGGCGGCGUUCGAGGUCUGUGCCAAGUUCUGCUACGGCAUGGUGGUGACGCUCAACGCCUACAACGUGCUGGCCGCCCGGUGCGCGGCGGAGUACCUGGAGAUGUCGGAGACGGUGGAGAAGGGGAACCUGGUGUACAAGAUCGACGUGUUCCUGUCGGCCAGCAUCUUCCGGGCCUGGAAGGACUCCAUCAUCGUGCUGCAGUCGACGAGGCCGCUGCAGCGGUGGACGGACAGCCUCAAGGUGGUCAACCACUGCGUCGACGCCAUCGCCUCCCGGGCGUCCACGGACCCGUCGGAGGUCGACUGGUCGUACACGUACAGCCGGAGGAAGCUCCCGUCGGAGACCGACGGCGACGCGCGCGGCUGGAACGGCGUCAGGAAGCGGCAGGCGGUGCCGAGGGACUGGUGGGUGGAGGAUCUCUGCGACCUCGAGGUGUGCCUGUACAGGAAGGUGAUCCUGGCGAUCAAGGCCAAGGGGAGGACGGGCGGCGCCGUCGUCGGCGAGGCGCUGCGGGCCUACGCGUGCCGCCGGCUGUUCGGGUCCCUGGACCACGCCGUCAGCGACGGGCUCGAUUGCACCAAGCACCGCGCGGCUCUUGAAGCCGUCGCCGACCUGCUGCCGGCCGAGAAGGGGUCGGUCUCCUGUGGCCUCCUUCUCAAGCUGCUCAGGGCCUCGUGCCUACUGGAGUCCGGUCAGGCCUACCGCGGCGAGCUGAUCAGGAGGAUCGGCGCGCAGCUGGAACGGGCUUCGGUCCCGGACCUUCUGAUACCUGCGGACUCCGGCGACGGCGACGGCGACGCGACGUACAAUGUUGGCAUGGUGGCUGCGAUGCUGGAGGAGUUCUUGCUGCAUCACAAGGUAAAUGGGGCCGAGGCGGAGAAGCGGGAAGAUGGCGAGGACGACGUGGAUGUUGCCGCUGACGACCCGGUCACUUCUUCGAAGCUGGCCGCUGUCGCAAAGCUGGUCGAUGGAUACCUCUCCGAGAUCGCCAAGGACCCGUGCCUUCCUCUGGAGACGUUCGUCGCCCUCGCCGAAUCGAUGCCGCCCCUGUCUCGCCCGGUGCACGACGCGCUCUACCGCGCCAUCGACGUUUACCUCAAGGAGCAUCCGGGCUUGUCGAAGGGCGAGAAGAAGCGGCUGUGCGCGCUGAUGGACUGCAGGAAGCUGACGGCGGACGCGAGCGAGCACGCCGUGCAGAACGAGCGGCUGCCCCUGCGCGUGGUGGUACAGGUCCUCUUCUUCGAGCAGGUCCGGCAGUCGGCGGCGGCGGCGGCAGCCUCCGCCGCCCCCGCGCGCUCGCUCAUCCUGCCCAGGGACGACGGCGCGUCGUACGGCAGCUCGAGGUCGGCGACCACGACGGCGACGGAGGACGAGCAGUGGGGCAGCGGCGCCGUGGUGGGCGCGCCUGUGACGACGUCGACGUCGGGCGGCGCCGGCGACGCCGGCUCGCUCCGGUCCAUGAGCCAGCUGUCGGCCAACGAGAACGGGAGAAGCGGCGGCGGCGGCGACAGGAAGAAGGCCAAGGGCGGUGCGGUGGCGCCGGCGCCGGUGAAGAGAGUGCUGGGGAAGCUGUGGUCCGGCAAGGCGAGCAGCGGCGGGUCCGACGACACGUCGGCCAGCCCCGUUGGGUCCCUCAACCUGGAGGAGACCAAGUCAAUGUCGUCACAGAUCACGAGGCAUUCUGUGUCAUAGUUACUAUAUUACUGUAUAUGUUCUCUUUUUUUUUGGGUGAUGGUUUUGUUGGAUUGGAUUUGACUUACAUAAUUAUGGAGGGUGUUUGGUAAUUGGUACAUGUGGUAAUGGAGAAUUUCUCGUCACGAAA